AUGGACGCGACGGACUCUCCACAAUUUCCUUCUCCCCUCGUCAUGCUUGUCAAGUUCCCGCAUCUCGAGAUUCUUUCUGCUAGGUAUCGUCGCAAGCAGACGAGCCUUGCCACAGAUACACAUACUCUUAAGGAUAUGCUCCGAAAUGGUGACUUUAUGCCCCAUAGUCUCAAACUCCGGCGCUGGAACGUAUUCCAUCCUUACAUGACUAAAGAGGAUGUUACAGGGUUCAAACAGAUCCUAGAUGCUAUUGCCAUAGUGUCUACACAAGCUCGAGACGAAGAUAGCACAAAUAAUGACAGUGCCUUAACAGAGCAGACAUCCGGAAGGAUUUCUGGCGUUCAGUUGGACAUUGAGUCUUCACAGUCAUGCAGCAACAUUGUGUGGGAACUUGAACGAUGUCGUAUGUGUGACGCACCACAGGAUCGAUGCUGGCAUUGUGUAUGGAAAUGCGUAACUUGCGGCGAAGAGCGUGCACCACCAUAUAUCAACCAUCAGACAGCACUAGAACGUCAACGACGCCGACAAGUCUCAGUUGCUGCUACUGGUACUAUCGUUACUAAU